GCGGCCUGCUAGCGCGCUUGGCGUUUGCUUGAUUUUUGGGGAAUUUUUUUUGGGCUGUGGCUGGAGCUUGGCUGCUUGAGUGCUGGCAAGCCCACCUUUGCACGAGGGAAUGCGUGCGUUGUUGUGAUUCUGGGGUUCGUGGGGGUGAAGGGCUUCCUUCGAUGGAAUCGCGGGAAUGUUUCUGGGCUUCCUGAAAUUGGUCACUCUUCCGGUGUUCCAGCUGGUUUCAAGUGCCUUGUGGGCUUUGUCUGUAUGUGAAAAAAAAAGUGUGCUUUCGCUUGGGGAAUUAAUCCAGCGGCAAGCUCGUGUUUUUAUCUAGUGUGAAAAAAAUGUUUUCCCUACUAAAUUGCGUGGGGGAAUGGGAGGUGCCGGAUUGCUGGUGUAGGCAGGGGACUAUGUUGGUAUGCAAUUCGAUGGAUAUCUGCAUGAUUGCACUCCAAAGGCCUUGUCUUUUUGGUGCCUCAUCUGAAAUGUAACUGCAGUUGGGGCGCUGGAUGUUAGCAAACGUGUGACCAAUUUGGCUGGCUCACUUUGGCAACUUGUACAUUUGUCAUUUACAUCAAUUGAGAUUCCACUGCUAUGUUUCUUUCAUUUGUUCUGAGGCCCUGAGCGGUCAUAGUUUGGUUAUUAUGGUAUUACUUACCAGGCCCAAGUAGCAUUACCUUUUGCGUAUGUUUUCUGCAUGCUUAUUCUUUUAUGCAACAUAAACUGCUGGAAAUAAAAUCUAUAAUGCCUUUGCUUGACAGAAUUAUUGUUACUUGUUUGCCUACCAAACAUUUAGGCUUCAAUAAGUGGUUGAGAAAGUAAUAAAAGCUGUUUUACUUGCAGAUUUUACUCAAUUCAUGAGCACCAAAUAUCCAAUUUCUCAUUGAUACCUGCAGAAAGUAAUAAUGAGAAGAACUCUCAUUUUUCCUCCUAAGAAAAAUUAUUAUAUGCACAAUACUAAAUAAACAAGUCUAGAUGAAAGGACAAAAAUGUAAGCAAUUUAUUUCACCUCCUAGUAUCAUACCUAUGGUGGUUUACCUUUAGCAAUACAUUUGCCAUCUCAAAGGUCCAUUCUUUCCUCAAAAAAAAAAUCUGUUUCCUCUUUAUUUCCCAAGAAAAGCUUAAUGCGUGUCCCCAAUGUCCGUGUAUGCAUAGUGCUGCUACCGCAUAAUCCUGCUGUCCUAGUUCACCUUACACAAACGAUGCCUUGUGACCCUGUUUGUCCCAUCCCCACUGCAUGCCUCCCAAAGCAUGCCACCACGGUGGCACCCAGCCUAGCCGCACAGGCACAGGUGGUUGCAGGUUUUAUAAGCGACCGAUCAGUACGGCCGCACCCAUUCGACCCCGCCUGUCAUCCAUCCUCUUGUCCACUGAGUCACAAAAGAAAGAGAGUAAAACGGAGGUGGAGGAAAGGAAAGCUCAUGCCAGAGAGAGUGAGUGUUCUCAAUGGGGUGGAUAAGGCUGAGGUUAUUGGUGCCUCUGGAGAAAGGGAGAAGCUUGUCACGGCGAGCUUCGGGAGGGGAACCACUGGUGGUGGCGCUGGUGCUUGGUCGCCUAGGGUUUCCGGCUGCCGGCCAGCUGGAUCGGGGGCCACAAGUCUAAUGGCUACUGAGAGUGCUGUCCGAUUAAUUGGUGGGACAGGGGCUAGGGACUGGAGUAAGGGCUUUGGUGCAUUUGACUCAUCAGUUGGUGGCCUUUCAGGGGAAGAUUUGGGAUUUGUGGAUAAUGGCACAGGGGUUUAUAGUGGCUGGAGGGAAUCUGUCCCAAAUCGCAGUGGAAGUGCACCGCCUAGCAUGGAAGGAUCUCUUGCUGCUCUUGGUCAUCUCAUUGGCCAGCAGAGUGGGAGCUUUGAAGCCAGUUUAGCAAGCUUGGAUAACAUGACUGACAGUUCCAAGUCUGAGGAGCAACUGCGUGGUGAUCCAGCAUAUUUUGAGUAUUAUGGGUCCAAGGUGAAUCUGAACCCAAGGCUCCCUCCACCACUUAUUUCGAGGGAGAGCCGCCGAUUAAUGAACCGGGUUGGCAAGGCUAAAGAAUGGAGGGUGGUCUCCCAAGAUAACAGCAGCAAAGGCUCCAUAUAUAUUCCUCGAUCUACUCUAUCAACUCACAAAGAAGAGCCAGAGGAUGAUAAAUCUCCAAGAUUGGAUUCAAGUUCGGUGGAGGAUGCCCAGAUUAUCUCCAGUACAUCCAACUUUGAGAGCCAGGAUUUUAUGCUGGAGAGCUUUCAGCAGAGUGUUGCUUCUUUGCCUGAUAGUUCAUAUUCUAAUCCUUCAAAUAACAACACUGGUGAUGCUAUGGCUGCACGUUCUGACAUAAAUUUAUCAAGGAGUUUGUCAGUGGAUGCUGUCAAGCAAUCGGAUUUGAACUCUUGGACACCAAAAAGCCCACUGAAAAGUACUAUUAGCAAUGACCUUUCAUCGUCACCCCUUUCCAGUUCAUCAUAUUCUGGUAGCAAAACUGGUAUGCAAACUUCUCAGCAAGAAAAGCUGGCCAUAGACACCAAACUUGGAAAUGCUGUGCUUGGCAGUGGUGCAGCUGUUACUGAGCUUGAUAAUGUGGAAUCCAAUAUGAAGAAUUUGAAGUUGAGUUUGGAUGACCAUUCAUCCUCAUCUGUUAAGCAGAAGUGGCAGGACAAUGUCUUGCAGCAGUAUGGCCCCUUGCUCCCAGCCCAAGGUGAUCCUAUUCAAAUGACUCCUCAAGGACCACAUCUUUCCCAUGUUCCUUUUGCUGAUAACUUGGCUCAUACUCAGCUUAAGUUGCCUACUGGUGACAUGCAGCAAUUUUUACCACAGCUUGGUAUGACAACACCUUUCUUCACACCAAAUUCUUUUGGAAGCCCUUAUUAUCAGAAUUUGCACCCUGCAGCAUUUCCAACCUCAAUUGGAACUGGCGGGUACCCUGUAACUGGUUCAGUUUUGCCACCUUUUAUGGGCAGUUAUCCUCCUCAAGGUUCUCUUGCUACACCUCUUGACAGUCCAAUGACUCCAAGCUUUAGUGGCAGGCCAUCUGGUUUUCCUUCAACAGGGAAUCCUACUGGGGGAACAGAUUUUAUGCAGUCAUAUAAAAUGUACGGACAACUUGGGGUUGGUAUGCAGCCAUCCAUUCCUGACCCAAACUUCAUUCAUUUCUUUCAGCAGCCCUCAUUACUUCAGUAUAAUGGUGGAAAUCAAUACAAUCCAAUGGUCCCGAGAUUUACUGUUGUUGGGAAUCCAGCUGAAAGCUUUGAUCCACAAAAGAUGAUACCUCAAACUGCAUACCCAUCUGAUCAGAGGCUUCAACUUCCAAGAACUGGUUUUCCUAAUUCUCCUACAGCCAGAAGAGGAGGGGCUGUUCCAAAUUAUCCAGGCAUGUCACCCUAUGUUGGAGUACCGAUGAGUUACCCUACAAGUCCGGUGUUUCAGGGACAAACAUUGCCUGGAGCAUUGCCUCCUGGUAGGAGAAAUGACUCUGGAUUUCAGUCCCCCUCAAGAAAUAUUACUGCUAAUUCUGGGAUUCAAGGACAGCGAGAAAGACAGAAGUUUGAUGAACCAAAGGCCUGCUCUUUCCUAGAAGAAUUGAAGUCCAACAGAGCACGUAGGGUUGAGCUAUCUGAUAUCACAGGUCGUAUAGUGGAAUACAGUGCUGACCAACAUGGUAGCCGAUUCAUACAGCAGAAGUUGGAAAACUGCACUGCCGAAGAGAAGGCAUCUGUGUUUACAGAAGUUCUUCCACAUGCUGCAUCAUUAAUGACUGACGUUUUUGGGAACUAUGUGAUCCAAAAGUUCUUUGAACAUGGAACUCGUGAGCAAAGGAGGGAUCUUGCCACUAAGCUUGUUGGUCAUGUUUUGCCUUUGAGUCUUCAGAUGUAUGGCUGCAGAGUAAUUCAGAAGGCUCUUGAAGUUAUGGAAAUUGACCAGAAAAUAGAUCUAGUUCGUGAGCUUGAUGGACAUGUUAUGCGAUGUGUUCGUGAUCAAAAUGGAAAUCAUGUUAUACAGAAGUGCAUUGAAUGUGUCCCUACUGAACAUAUUGGUUUCAUAGUAUCUGCUUUUCAAGGACAAGUUGCUAACCUUUCAAUGCACCCAUAUGGUUGCCGUGUAAUUCAGAGAGUUUUGGAGCAUUGUGGUGGUAAUUCACAAGGCCAGUGCAUAAUAGAUGAGAUUUUGCAGUCAGCGUGCAUCCUUGCUCAAGAUCAGUAUGGCAACUAUGUUACACAGCAUGUUCUAGAAAGAGGAAAAGCUCAUGAGAGGAGCCAAAUUAUUACUAAAUUGGCUGGACAGGUUGUUACCAUGAGCCAAAAUAAAUUCGCAUCAAAUGUGAUAGAGAAGUGUUUUCAGCAUGGUGACAUUGCGGAGCGGGAUCUUCUGAUCAGGCAGAUUGUGGAGCAGACAGAGGGCAAUGACAAUUUGCUGGCAAUGAUGAAGGACCAGUUUGCUAAUUAUGUGGUUCAGAAGAUACUCGAAACAUGCAAUGAGAGUCAGCGGGAACUCCUCAUCAGCCGUGUAAAGGGUCAUCUGCAAGCAUUGAGGAAGUACACCUAUGGCAAGCAUAUUGUAAGCCGAGUUGAGCAGCUCUGUGGUGAAGGACCUGCCGAGUCAGAUUCUUGAAACAACCCUCAAAUUAUUCAUAGGAGGCGUGACUUGAUCUUUGCUAUCCAUCAAGCAAAACAAGUCGAACUCUGGUACCUUCAGACGGGCUAACAAAACUGUUGUCGAAGAAUGUAUAGGUGUGACUUUCUCCAGGGUAGUCUUUUGAGUUUCUAGAACAGCAGCUUAGUGGUGUGCAUCAGUGUAUCUAUGUUAGGGUGUGCCUAUUUACAGAAUAAUAGUGGUCGGUUAGCUGUGUGCAAAAAGGAGUUUAGCGUUAUGGUGUGUAUGCGAUACAUAUCAACUGUGCCUGGUAAUGUAUUUGCUUGCUUGCAUCGCAGUUCUGGGAUAAAAGCCCUGCUUAUGUUUGCCUUGA